AUGAUCGACCAUGUGAUCAUAGUCCCUUGCCACAGCAUCUGGCACCCGCUCGACGAGUCCAGCCACGGUGCUGACGCUGGCGAGUGGGCGCUAGCUCUGUUUCAAGUGGAGGGCCACGACCACUUGUGCUUCGUCGACCACAUCUGCCAGGCGCUUGCCAUUGCUCAUAAGGACACCCAACUGAUCGUGAUCAUGUCUGGCGGCCAAACCAAGAGGGAAUGCGGACGUGUCAGUGAGGCUGAGCUGUACUAUAAGCUUGCUAGAAGACUUAUCAGUCAAGAGAGGGUACCAAUUAAGGGUGACGAAGGAGAGGUGCUCACGGACGAUAUUUUGGGCCGGGUGCUGGUGGAGGAGUACGCCCGUGACCUGUUUGAGAACGUGUUGUUCAGUAUUUGUCGCUUCUACGAGAUGAUGGGACGUUAUCCGUCUCGGAUCACGGUGGUGGGGUUUGAGUUUAAACGGUACCGGUUUGAGAAGCUCCACUUGCAACAAGCGUUGGCGUGGGAUAUGAGUAAAGUGAGGUAUUUCGGUAAUCUGCCGAGUCCCGAUGCUGAUGUUGAAGAGUAUUUUACGGUAUUACAAGCCCAGGAGGCGAAGAACGCCGUGGUUCCGUUUGAGAAGGACUGGUACGGCGCGUUGAGUCCGCUAGCGGAUAAAAAGAAACAACGCAAUCCGUUUGGCCAGGUGGUACCGUACCCGAAACUGAAUCCUCAGUUGACGGAGGCGUUUCUUCGAAUGGAGAGAGGUGAACGGGAGCGAGUGAGAGACGUCUUGCCCUGGUGCCACGGGAGGCCAAAGUGA